CAAAAAAACCAGCCACUCCCAAACCCAUCUUCACGGCAACUUUAAUACCACUCCCACCCCCACUCACACUCACAGCGCGUACCCCUCACUCUCCUUCUCCCCCCACAUCAUAUUUAUUCCCAAAAAAACAAAACAAAAACACAAAAACCUUCAACUGUGUGUUUGUGUGUGUAGCUGGGCGAUGGUGGGUCAAACAGAAACAAAAACAACAACAACAACAGAAGUAUACGCGCCGCAGCCUAAAAAAACAAUUCAAGUAUGGAAAACACUGUUGAACUGGCUGUCUUUUUUCUUUCAGAUCUUUCUUCAAAUCAUUAGAGCCGCCACUCCUUCUUUGAUCAAUUAUUAUUCUUCAUCUUCAUCGCCGUCUUUUGAUCCCUUGCCGGUCGUCGAGCUGCCGGAAUCUCAACAACCUCCUUCCCCGCCGUCUGCCGCCACAUCAUCUGCCGUUUGUAUUUCGUCUCCCGGUGCUGAGUUUGAUCGUUCUCAAAAGCUCAUUUGUUAUCUUGCGAGGUUUGGUUUGCUUGUGCAUCACUGGGUUUUGGCAUCUUAUAAAUUGGUUGUUCUUGAUUUGGAUGAAACUCUGGUAUGUGCCUAUGAGACUUCUAGUUUGCCUUCCAUUGUUCGUAAUCAAGCCAUAGAAGCCGGAUUAAAGUGGUUUGAGCUAGAAUGUGUAUCUUCUGACAAGGAAUGUGAAGGCAAACCCAAAGUCAACUUUGUGACUGUAUUUGAACGUCCUGGAUUGGAUGAAUUUUUAAACCAACUUAGUAAAUUUGCCGAACUUGUGCUUUUUACUGCUGGUCUUGAAGGUUACGCUAAACCACUUGUUGAUAGAAUAGAUGCGGAAAACAGGUUUAGUCGCAGACUUUAUCGACCUUCGACAAGUUCCACGGAGUUUCGGGAGCACGUGAAAGAUCUUGCCUGUAUAUCAACUAACUUUUGUAGAAUUGUUAUUGUUGACAAUAAUCCGUUCAGUUUCUUAUUGCAACCAAUUAAUGGAAUCCCAUGCGUACCUUUCUCUGCUGGACAGCCGCAUGAUGAUCAGCUUCUUGAGGUUCUUCUUCCGCUUUUGCAACAACUUUCUCGACAAGGGGAUGUACGGCCCAUGCUGUAUGAAAAGUUUCAUAUGCCUGAAUGGUUUCAUAGACACGGGAUCCCUGUUUCUGGGUGGGCAACACAUGGAUAGUGUUAAAUACAUCUGUACAGAUUAGAAGCUUUUUGUUUUUAAAUCAGAGGCACCUAAUUACAGGAAAAAUCUUCACCAUCAAACAUCUAUUUUGAGAUGGUGAUAUUUUGGAUGUCACAGGCUGAUUCAUUCAAAGGGCAGCAUAAUUUAUUGGAAGUAUCACAUUUUGUAUAGGUAUCAGAUCGACAGUUAUUAGUUUGCUUGCUAGGUCAGUAACAAUCGUUUUGUUAGGCUGUAUUCUUCAACGGAUUCAGUAUAUAGUUUACUACAUUGGGGGUCUAUUGUGGGUCUAUUGUUCUGGUUCCACUUUUAUAGUUCUGUAAAAUGUGUUAGAUCUAUUAAUAUUUCACAUCGCCCAUCAAAAUUUUUUGGCUCAA